AUGGAGUUCGGAAUCCGAACUCAUGCACAUGGUUCAUUCCGAACACCCUGUAUUUUUGUUGUAUUUCAUUUACGAACUCCGUUACGAACACCAUGUCCUUUUUUUCAUGUCAGGAGAUCGUACAAAAGAGGUGAGACGAAAGCUGAUUUCCCCAAUGGCUCUAGACAUAAUGUUAAUCGUGAACAUUGUUUUAUUAAAAUACAAAAUCUGGCACCUGCAGCUCUUGAUGCAUUAAAUGAAGAUGACGAAUCUCUAGAACGUAUUGCUCAUCUCCAUUGCAUAUGA